ACCGGUACCUCCGCGCGCAUAGUAGCAGUGCCUAACCAGCGAGCACUGUGGACGACGGUCGUGACGCACCAUCGGUAGACCAUAUAGAGAGCUUGCGAUCGCGCCGGUGUGUGUAAGUGUGUGUGUGCGUGUGCGGUGUUUGUGCUUCGAUUGACUUAUCGUAAUUUUUUUUUCUCACCCGGUUUGCUUCUCCGCACCCGUGCGCAUCGACGCUCCAACCCUUCGGACCACUCGACCGGAUUUCGAAUAUUAAUUCCGUACGAAUUAAACAAUAAUAUUGUAAUAUAUUACUUUAUCGUCAAAAUAAUAAUCGUCGGUCUUAUUAUUAUUCGUUUAAAUCGUCGAUUUCGCGGGCCGUCAAUACCAUAAUAAUAUCAUAGAACAUACAAUGUAUCAUUAACCGUUUAUAUUAUAGACGUGUAGUGUUCGGCAGUUGUAUACAAUAACAUAAUAUUAUUACCCUCGUCGUCGUCGACCGAUUUAGUGUGAGCAUCCGUCGAUAGUGUGCGUUCGCGUAAGCAUCAGCUAUAACUUCAGCUUCGGGACACAAGACCUAUCCCGGAACGCUCUUCGAUACACUGCUUUUGACGAGGUGAAUGACACCGUGGAAGGGGUUAUGAUUGGGAUGGAGCUAGGUUUAGGGCACCAUGGGGGCUCCUUGCACCCUCACAAUAUGCCACAACAUCAAAUGCACUCGCAAGGUCUUAUGCAUCAAACACAACAGCAGAUGCACCACGACGAUGUGGGAUCGGGAAAUAUUAGCAGCAGUAGCAGUGUCAACGGAUUUUCACAAGAAGGUCACGGCGGUGUAAAUCAACUGGGCGGAGUGUUCGUAAACGGCCGACCGUUACCGGACCUGGUCAGGCAAAGGAUAGUGGAACUGGCUCACAACGGGACCAGACCGUGUGACAUAUCCAGACAGCUAAGAGUUUCUCACGGAUGCGUUUCGAAAAUCUUGUCCAGGUAUUACGAAACUGGAAGUUUCAAAGCCGGAGUAAUCGGAGGUAGCAAACCCAAAGUGGCAACUGCGCCUGUUGUAGAUUCCAUAGCGAACUACAAGCGAGAGAAUCCUACUAUGUUUGCUUGGGAAAUCCGAGACAGACUGUUGGCUGAAGGAGUUUGUACUCAAGACAACGUACCCAGCGUUUCGUCAAUCAAUCGGAUCGUCCGAAACAAGGCGGCUGAGAAGGCGAAACACGUGCACAACCAGCAGCAGAACCUGCACCACCAGCAAAACAGCAACAGCAACGGUAGCACGGGCGUUCCGUCAAGUCAGCAACAUCAUCAGCAGCAGCAGCAGCAACAGCAACAACAGCAACAGCAGCAACAAGGUUCUGGUCCUGUGUCGGUGAUCGCCCACGCGCCAGCCCCGCAACAGUCUGCCGGAGGCGGCGGUCACCUCCACGACCGGUACAGCAUAAACGGCAUACUUGGUAUACCGCAACACGACCCCAACGGUAACGUGACCACGGCCAAGCGGAAACGAGAUCUGGACCAUCACCACCAUCACCAGCAACACCAGAAUCACCAUCACACGGACGAAAACCGAGACCUGAACGGCCACGCAGACCACCAGCAGCAAAUCAAGAGGGAACGAUCUCAAGUGCACUACAACGGCGACGCGUCGCUGUAUUCGAAUGUAUCUCUUUGGCCCGGCAAGUGGUGUUUGAAAGACGAACACAAAUUGUUCUCGGAACUGAACGCGGCGGGCGUCACGUCCGGUGGAGGCACGUCGCCGUUCUACGACGCCAACCAGACGGCGUUCUCGGCGACACCGUUAUCGGCUGACCUGUACGAGAGCAUGCAAGCCCAACCGCCACAGCAACAGGCCCAGAACGCGACGCCUGUCUACACGCCGCCCGUACCCACCACGCUCGUCGGUGGAGUUACUCCCCUUGCCCCGUUAACGAUGCAAGAGAUCCAAAAGAUGAGCCCCAGUACCGUUUUAGAUCAUACCCAUCUGUCGCCCGUACAAUACCACACAGAUAGCGGUACCGCCCCCGGUGGGUUUAGUAACGGCGGCAGUGGCGGCGGUGCCGGACCUCAGCAGUCCGGCGGCGUCUCCCUGUCGUUGUCAGCGGCCGACGUCACGCCCGCCGGAUCGCCCGACCCGUCGAGCCUGACCGUGUUGCAACCGGCCAACAACAACCAGAACAACGGUACGGUGUACGCGGCCUCGGCGCCCACCAUGUUACCGGGUUUCACCACACACUACGCCACUGCAGGCGCCGGCACCGAAUACGCGUCGUACACGAGCUCGCCCUACAAUCAGUACGCGUCAUCCCCAUACGCUGGUUACAGUUAUAACCCCACGGGCACCAGCGGUCUUCUCAAUCACCGUUACUAUUACAACAACAGCAACGGCCACAAUAACAACGCGCACGAGAUCUGCGGCAACGAGACGGGCAGCAGCGCCAGCAUGGCAGCCAGAUCGCCGGUGGCGGCCACGAGGGCCAACUCGGCGGCCUGCGCCAGCGCCUCGUCGCCGCUGGGCAGCGCGUCAUCGCCGUGCCAGGCCAACAACCCGGGCGCAGUGACGUCGCCGUACAUCGGCAUAAGUUAGAGGAGACCACACGGAGAGAGGACGACCGCCGCCACGGCCCAGCCAUCAUCAAAAAUAAUUGAUACAUAAUAAUAAUAAUAAUAAUAAUAACUUUUUUAUUUUAUUAUUAUUAUUAUUAUUAUUAUUAUGUUUUGUGUACGAAUAAUAAUUAGUGUACCUACUACGUUGGCGAUGUACAAAAAUGUUGAUUUGUAUUGAUCAAGGCAUAGCAGGUGUAGGUACUAUUAUAGCAUGUGUCCGCAGUGUAUGUCACAACAACGAUACCCUCCCGCCCUGCAGAAUAGGUACCUAUCGAUAUUAUGGAGUGUUCAAUGAAAUUUGGUUCUUUUUUUUAGUUUUUUUUUUAAGCGCGUUGAUAGUGCGUGUAGACAGAUUUCGUGAAAAUCAUCAAAAUUACCGAUUAACGAGUGCCGACAAUUAUUUGUAUUAUUUUGUUUUUAUUUAUAAACGUUAUAUUAUAUACCUACACAUACAGAUUAAUAUUAUAUAAUAUAAUAUGUGUACAUGUAACUUUAAUAAUAUUUAAGUCAUAACUCGGAACGCUGUACCUAUAAUAAUAAUAUGUUUUAAUCGAAUCGAUUAAAUAUUGAGUCGAUAGUCGUAUAGUGCAUGCAUAGGUAUGCACGAUUUUAGAAUAUAAACUAUAAACACGAUAUUAUACAUAAUAUUGUAAUAAAUUUGCUUACCAACUCUAAAUAUAUUUUCCCCUUAUUUGCUACUUUUUUCCAUAGAAAACCAAAGAUAUAUUUAUAGUGUUGUUAUAUUUUGUACAGAAUCCGAAUCUUAUGUAUAUUUCUAUACAUACAUAAUAUUACUAUAUUAAUCGAUCAAAUCGCAGUUUAUUUAUCAUGACUCAUGAUUUUUAAUGUUAUAAUAUGUUAUAUAUUUGAUGUACAUACAAUAAUUAUAAAUGUAACUAUAUUUAAUAAAAUAAUCACACUCUAUCUGAACGUUUUUCGUGACUAGCCAAUAGAUAUUGGAUUUGUAAAUUACUUUUAAUUAGAUAUCUACAUUUAAAUUUUUAUAUCAGUGGUUCUCUGUUGUUUACUUAAUUAAUUUUUAAAGACUACCUAUAUAUAUUAUGUACCUCCACUACUUUUAUUUUUAUUUUUAUUUGAAAAAGGAUAACGAAUAUAAAGCUCAUAUUUAACGCUCUCUCGAAACAAUUGAUCUUUUUUAACGUUGUUUUUAAUCAAAUUCUAGUCUAAUUUUAAUUUUAUUCGAAUAUAAUUAUUAAUAAAAAAUUUGUAAUAACCAAAAAAUUUAGGUUAUCAUAUUAUUUUGUUCAUGUGCAACUUAUUAUCUAUAAAAUCCAAAACAAAUUUUACUCGUCUUUGAGACGAAAUAUGUGCAAUGUCUGUAUGAAUUUGUAUUUAUAUAUUAUUAUUAUUAUUAUUAUCAUUAUUAUUUUUUUUUUAUUAUUAUUAUUUAUACAUAUAAAAAAGUAAUAUAAUGUAUCCUAUUCGAGUACUUUUUUUAAACAUAAAUCGAACACACCCUAGUCAAUAAGUGAUGCUUCAACGCACUAAUCAAUGCACUUAAGAGAUUUUGUACUUACAUUUUUAAAUUUUUAAAUCUUUAGACGUUUUCUAUUUAUUAAAAAUGUUUACAAAAAUAUGUAAAACAUUAUCUUUAUUAUACAUUUAUUUGUUAUUUUUGUAUUAUUUUUCUUAUUUCAAUUAAAAUGUAUUAUAAUUCUCAUAAUAUAAUUUGUAGGCGUUUCAUGACUUCAAUUGUAUUAAGUAAUUUAUUUAUUCUGUGUUAGAAACUCGAUCAGUUAUUGUGUUAUAUACUUACUUACCAAAGAAAACUUUUAGAAUAUCUUGAAAUUCCUUUUAAUAAAAAUAUGAUAUAUAUUAUUAUGAUAAAACUAUAGUGUUGAUUAAACUGUAUAUUAUGCAUAAUUAAGAUGUUUGUGGUCCCUUAAGUAUGCUGUUUGACCAAUAUUGUACUUAAUAAUAAUGAAUAUAAAUUGUAAAAACAAAUUAUUAUACUUAUAAGAUAAUAAAAGAAGUCUGUUCAUGAAUAUCGU